UUUUUUAUUCUCUCUCAACAAAAUAAAAGCCUUUUUUGAAUGGUCUCGGCAAACAGCAAGCCUCGGCUCAAAGGAGAGGCGUUUGAAUGGAGUUGAUUUUGUAUCGCCGCUGGCGGUUCAUGCUGUCAAAGAGAGCCCCCUCUCCCCUUCGAGUCUUUGUUAGCAGAAGCAUUAAUCUGGUGGAAAAGUGAGGGGGGGGGGGGGCACUCGUUCCUAAAUAGACGGAGAGUUGGGAGAGCUGAGAGCUAGCUGCAUUCUCUCACUCCGGAUUUACAUGCCUGUCUGGUUUUUUCUUAAAUCACCCUGAUUUCUGCCAUGUGUUGACUGCAUAGUUAAGACACACAACACACACACACACACACCUUUUUGAAGACUGUGGACCAUCUGUGUGUGUGUGUGUGUGUGUGUGUGUAUAUGUGGAGGGGUGUGUGCGCGGAUUGCGGUUUUUGACGGGCACCGACUCCUCAGGAUUACAGGGACACACUUAACAAGCUGUUGCCGGAAAGUGAUGGAGGGUGAGCCGGAAUCCUGAGUUCAUCAAUGGAAAAUGCCCCUACUCCUCGACAGUGUUCUGGGAUCUUUCCCAGUCACAACAACAAGUUGAAACUGAUGGAAGGCUGUAACUAUGUCUGGCCUUUAGCAUAAAUAGCCAGCAUCCACAGGGAGCAAGCAGAAACAUUGGGAAUUCCAACUGGAGAAGAUGUGAUUUGGCCUUUGUCUUGUGGCAGAAAGCAUCGAAAUGAUCUCUGCAAAAGACAUACAGAAGAAGAAGCUCUCAAAGGACAGCAUGACCUUACUUCCCUGUUUCUACUUUGUCGAGCUUCCUAUCGUGGCAUCAUCAAUUGUCACGCUGUACUUUCUGGAGCUGACGGAUUUAUUCAGGCCAGCCAAGGUGGGCUUUCAGUGCUAUGACCGUGCACUGAGUAUGCCCUAUGUGCAGCCUAGUGAAGAACUCAUCCCUUUAUUGAUGCUCCUCAGCUUGGCAUUUGCAGGUCCAGCUGCCUCUAUUAUGAUUGGAGAAGGCAUUGUCUACUGUUGCCAGUCAAAGCUGAAGAAUAAAGGUUCCGAAGGCAGCAUUAACGCAGGAGGCUGUAACUUCAACUCCUUUCUCAGGCGGACUGUAAGGUUUGUUGGUGUGCAUGUUUUCGGACUCUGUGCCACAGCUCUUGUGACUGACAUCAUCCAGCUGGCAACUGGCUACCAUGCCCCCUUCUUUCUCACAGUAUGCAAGCCCAACUACACCCUUCAUGGCAUCUCAUGCGACAAUAACCCAUACAUUACAAAGGAUAUCUGCUCCGGCUCAGACCAUCAUGCCAUCGUGUCUGCGAGAAAAAGCUUCCCUUCACAGCAUGCUACAAUCUCUGCCUUCGCUGCGGUCUACAUCUCGAUGUACUUUAACUCAACGAUAUCUGACUGCACCAAGCUCCUGAAGCCAAUGCUGGUUUUUGCCUUUGCAAUCGCUGCAGGUAUUUGUGGCCUGACACAAAUUACUCAGUACAGGAGCCAUCCCAUCGACGUGUAUGUGGGUUUCAUCUUUGGGGCAGGAAUAGCCACAUACCUGGGGUUUCAUGCUGUGGGGAACUUCAAGGCAUCAGAUGAUACCACCCCAGUGAAGCCUUCUCCCAAGAGCGGCCUCAGACCUCUGACUCAUCUCCGCCAUGACUCAGUCUACCAGCAGAGUAAGUCCCUGAGCACAGAUGAGCUGAACCCACAGCCGAGGCUCGAAGGCCUGGAGCAGCACCUGGCACAGAGGGAGAAGAACUCCCUGAACAGCCUGAAACGGGCCAGCGUCGAUGUGGAGCUGUUGGCACCACGCAGCCCGAUGGGCAAGGAGAACAUGGUGACCUUCAGCAACACGCUGCCACGCGUCAACACACCGAACCUGGAUGAGGCUGCGCGUCGACACAUGACCAUCCAUGUCUCCAUGGAUGCCUCUCGCUCCAAGCAGCUUAUCUCACAGUGGAGGCAGAGACCUAUGGAUGGCUUGGCCUUGGACCAUGACCCAAAUAUCAGUCAGUCACAGCCUCAGAUGAGGGCCGCUAUGGAGCUGAGGGCCGCAGGCUUCGAUCAGGACGAAGUGGCGCCGUCCUCCCUCUACCCUGCAGUGCAGGCCAGGGUCUGCGAGAGAGGCACAGGAGGUGGAGCACGGGUCCUGAUCCAGUCCAGAGCCGGCACCUCGCAGCUGGUUCACAUCCCCGAGGAGAGCCAGGCAAGCGUCAGCACCUCGCCAAAGAGUAACUCAGCCCGGGCCAAGUGGAUGCUGCUGGCGGAGAAGGGAGGGGUUCCACGGGCCCAGGCCCAGCCCCAGCCCCAGCCCCAGCCCCGCAUCAUGCAGGUCAUCGCCAUGUCCAAGCAGCAGAGCACGGUCACGGUCACACCAAGGCACUCAGAGGCUUCCAGCAGCUCCGAGUCCUCGCAGUACAAGUCGCCCUCAGAGAGGGACUCGGCCAGCAUUGUGACAGUAGAUGCCCAUGGCUCGCACCCGGUGGUGCAUGUCUCCUCCGUAAAUGGUGGUGCUGGGCCCUGGGAGUGGAAGUCGCCCCAGGCCAGUGAGGCCUACGAGCUGAAUGACCUGAACAGGGACUACCGGGGCUACAGGCCCACCAAGAGCGGGGGCAGCGCCGGUGGGAUGUCACCUGGAUCCUCAGCCAGUGACCUGGAACACGACGACACUCGCUUCUGCAGUGUCGCCACAAUCAAUGUGGCUGCAGCCGAGAGGAGCGAGACAAAUUCGGAGAGCCUGACCAUGGGCUCCAGCCGGGACUCGACCCUAAGGAGAAAACCCAACCCAGCCUUCCUGGCUGAGCAGGAAACCAGUACAGACAGCGACCAAGAGGCUUACUACAAGAAACUUCAAGCCAACAGGAGAUUCAAAGACUGAUCAGGACCAUUUUGGGGGGCAUUCUUUUACUGAAAUAGUCAGGAUACCGACUCCCUACAGCACUUGACUGCUGUGAGUUGGCUACCCCUUAUCCCCACGUUGAACAAGCCGGGAUCAAUAAAACAACCUUUCCAUGGAUAUCUCUUGUUUUCAAACCUUUUCAGACCACAGCUCAAUCCUGGUCUUCAAAGCUGAUUUCAUUUGCAGUCUGGGGCCUUUUCUUGACUCAGAACAGCUAGGAAUACAGAUCCAGGUCUAAAUUUCCAAGACCCUUCAUAUGACAUUUUCAGAUAUUAAGAAAAGGAAAGAAAGAAAGAAUUGAAUUUUCCUGCCCUCAAGAGAUCCUACAGCACUUUCGGGGCAAAGUUAUUAUUUCAGAGACUGAGACAAAUGGGCCAUUUCAACUCGCAUGUUUCUUGUGUUCUUAUUAUUCCAGACUUUUGGAAUUGUAGCCUUGUAAUUAAGUUGUGGUUUUUAAAUUAGUCAAUGGUUAAAGAAGUGUCUUUUGUGGUUGACCUGAUGGCGUCAUCUGUUGCUUGUGGCUGUUUAACAUGCUAGUUGGCAUUCUGAGCCAGGCAUUGUACUUUGUUGAAGUCAUGGACAGUAAUAACUUCUGUAUACCAGUGCCAAACGGCACCAGCCUUUGAGUUGGCAUGAACUCGCAGAUACUUUCAUUGUAUACAAGAUAGUUGGGCGCUAUAGCCUUUUCAUUGACAUGACUAAUGAUUGUAAGCAGGCCAGCAAAGUGAUCCCUCAUCACUUGCCAGAAAAAGCAGCAGCUACAAUCGCGCUAAGAAUGCAAUGACAAAGAGUAAAAUACCGCAGAUGCUGGAAAUCUGAAAUACAAAGAAUCAGUUGCUGGAGAAACUCAGUCAGCCUCGCAGCACCUGUGGAGAGAGAAACAGGAAAUCUGUCAGGUCAUUUAAAGGCUGAAAUUUUGAUGAAAGAUCAUUAAUAUUAGCUCUGCUUUUGAUGCUCCCAGACCUGCUCAGUAUUUCCAGUUUACUGUUUUUAAAAUUGAAGAAAGAUUGAGUUAAUCCCAACAUAUGUUUGGGAGAAUAUGAAACCGCUGUGAUAAUGCAAACAGACUAUUAAGUCAAUAUGCAGGACAUGUGUUGUCAAAUUUUGAAAUGCAAGCAAUAUACAGUAAUGCAAUAUAUUAAUAAGAUAUACAAGUCCAUCUUCAUAGCUGCAUCAACUGGAUGAUAAUUGAUGUUCUCAGCAGCAUAUUUUCAUUAGACUCUCAUUGGAUGUUGCACAUCAUAAUUCAAUGGUCCUGGAUUGGCCAAGGCUGCUCCCUGGGCCUGCACUGUGCAUCAUAAUCACACUUCUAAUCAAAUCGAACCAAUUCUCAGCCAUUUGUUGAAGACAGUCCAAUAGAUGUCAAACCCUUUGAACACCCACUUCCCCUGCGAAGACUCGCACCGGAGUCAGAGCGAUCCCAGAGGGAUGUAGCAACUGAGGGAGACCAUUCAGCCCUUUUAGCCUGUUCUGCAAGUGAUGCCAAUUUUACACUCCCAGGGUUGGAGAUCAGGGAAGAUGGAAAACAAGGAUCCAGCCCCGAGAUAAGUGAUGAAUCUGAAAAGUGAAGCAAUUAGAUAUUGACGUCUCCAGGACUGAAUGAGAACCCCAGAAUUACAAUAGUUUUGUUUUAGUUGUUAGACUGUUUAUGCUGAUACAAUUACCCAUGGGCCUUUUAAUGACCAGGAUUAGAAAUUAAUGAAGAGGCAUUUUAAGGAAUGUUGUAUCAGUGAUAAUGGGAACUGCAGGUGCUGGAGAAUCCAAGAUAACAAAGUGUGAAGCUGGAUGAACACAGCAGGCCAAGCAGCAUCUCGGGAGCACAUUUUGUGGCCUGCUGUGUUCAUCCAGCUUCACACUUUGUUAUUUUAAGGAAUGUUGUUGGUUUGCUCUGAAAGCUACAAAAAAAUGUUUACUCAGCACAGAAUCUGAAAAUAAGUUUAAUGUUCCAUGACACAUGGUCAUGUUGCACAGGAUCUUUGGUCAGUUUUGGUUUAAGGACUGGUUGAGUCAGCUCAUUAGAAGCUGGAGUUAACCCAGAGGGAUCUGGAAGGAAUUUACACUAUGGCAAUGAGACCAAUCAUUCUCAAAGGUUCCCUGAGAAGCUGGGGCAGUUGAGGUUCAACCCUGGGUCUGACCACCCAAGAUAUGCAGUGACAAGCUAAAUGAGGUGGCAUAUUGGAGCUUACCUGGCUGGAGACUGUCCAUAGAUGACCGCUAUCAGCUCAGCACAGGACACUAUCAGACAAUGCAGAGGCAACAAAGGCUAGAAUUGAGUUAAAUUUAACUCUGUUAUGUUGAGAAUCUGGAACCUCAUGUUGGAAAACACAAGUAUCCUUGUAGAAACCCACAUUGAAAAACAAAACAUUGCUGUGUGUAAAUAGAACUUUCCUAACAAAAUGUAAACUGGCUCUAAACAGCACUUCUAGUGAUUGUUUGAAUGAUUGUUUUCAGAGUAACGUUGUUAUUAGUUGUGAAGAUUCAUAUGCCUGAUUUAGUGAAGUUUACUGUUGUGCUAUAAUAGUGAUUUUAACAGUAGGUCCUGAUAUACAGAAGUAUUUUGUACUUUGAAUGUGUCAGUUGGACAAAA